AUGAAGGUCGUUGGAGGCAGCGUCGCCGCGUUUGGCAUGACCAUGGCUCUUUCCAUGUCAGCUAUGGCGCAGAAUAUGUCGUACGGUGCGGAUAAUUUCUACCGCAGUGAUAAUGUGACGGUUCACAGGAUCACCUUCCUAAGCCAAUACCAGACAUCAAUUGCAGGCAAUCUCUUCACCGCCAAUAACCUCAACCGCAGUACCUCCGCCCCGGCUGUUAUCGUCGGCCACCCAAUGGGUGCGGUGAAGGAACAGGGCGCGAACCUCUAUGCGACAAAAUUAGCCGAACAGGGUUUUGUUACAGUGUCACUUGACCUACCAUUCUGGGGUGGAAGCCAGGGUAAACCACGCAAUGCUGUGUCGGCAGAAGUGUACGCAGAGGCAUUCAGUGCGGCAGUCGACUACCUUGGCUUGCAGAACUUCACCAACGUGGACCGUGAGCGAAUUGGUGGUCUCGGUAUCUGUGGCAGCGGCUCCUUCGUGAUCAGCGCAGCAAAGAUCGACCCGCGCAUCAAGGCUAUCGCAACAUCGACAAUGUAUGACAUGGGCGCUGUUACCAGAAACGGACUGCAGAAGGCGCAAAGCCUUGCUGCGCGCAAGGAGGCCAUUGACGCCGCGGCACAGCAACGCUGGAUCGAGGUGGAUGGUGGUAGAACUGAGUACACAGGCGGCACCCCAGGCAGACUUACAGCAAAUUCAACUGCGGUGGACCGUGAGUUCUAUGACUUCUACCGUACCUCGCGUGGUGAAUUCACGCCUAGGGGUACAAUUGCAAACCUCACAACGCACCCAACCCUCUCAACUAACACAAAAUUCAUGAAUUUCUACCCAUUCAAUGGCAUUGAGAGCAUCUCGCCACGCCCGAUGCUGUUUAUCUCCGGUGACCAGGCACACUCACGCGAGUUCAGUGAGGAUGCCUACGCGCGUGCAGGAGAGCCGAAGGAGCUGUUCUGGGUCCCUGGUGCUGGUCAUGCUGACCUUUACGAUCGCACGGAGUUGAUUCCCUUUGCUAAACUCACUCACUUCUUCCAAACGAACCUCAACUAG